ACGACUGACAGAAUUAAAAGAUGCAAUCAUUUUUUGUUCCAAUGUGCCACCAUUCUUUUCCAAACCGAUACUGUAACCUUGAAUCGUAACAGUCAAAAUGGCGGAGGGAGCAACUAAAUUAAAUCCCACAAUUUACAGUUGUCCGAUUUGUUUGGAAAAGAUUAUCAGACCAAAACGCUUGCCUUGUUCUCAUACUUUUUGUGAAAAAUGCCUGCAGACUUUUAUAUCUAGGGCUGCCAUUGGGAAAGAUCCAGAGAAGUUUGACUUUGAAUGCCCUGUGUGUCGUCGAGUUACAAAUCGACCAGAACCAUGGAUUGAUGUGGACGAAUGGGCUAAAUAUUUUCCAACCAACAUAUUGGUCAACUCACUGACACGUUCAAGUGCGGAAAAAUCGGAGGAAAAAUUGUGUGCCAUUUGUUUGCGAGACGACAAAAAAAGUAAGGCGGAGUCAUGGUGUUAUGACUGUGCAGAGGCUAUUUGUGUUUCUUGUAAACGUUUUCAUCAAAUUAUCGGAUCUCUUCAAAAUCACAAAAUCUCGGCACUAAGUUUUGAAGGCAAAGAUGACAAGUUUACUUUUCCGGAAUUAGAUGAACCUUGUCAUUUGCAUGAAGGUAAAUGUGUUGAAGUUUGUUGCUUGGAUCAUGAAAAACUUUGUUGCUGUUUGUGUGUUGCAACACAGCACAGGCAAUGUGAACAUGUAGAAACUGUGUCUGAUGUUGGUGAAAUAAUACCUAAAGAAGUCGUGGAGUCGAACUUAGAAGUUCUGUCUGCAAUAUCAAAGAUAACAAAGGAAGUUUUAAAGCACAAAGAAAAAACAAUUAUGCUCCUUGGUGCACAAAAUGAAGAUAUCCUAAAAAAUGUUUCCAACGAAAUUGCAAAAAUUAAAACUAGACUCGACGAACUGGAGCAACAAUUUCGAAAAACUUUCAUGAAAAAGCAUGAAGAUAUAGAAGAGGAGAUGAAGCAGUGUGUCUUAGAUAUAAAACAAUACCUCCUGAUAGUCAAUAAUGGAGAAGCACUUCUUUCUGCAGUUAAGGAUAAAGGUACCUCAACACAAAUAUUUCUCUCUUCCGUGAAAAUUAAAAGAGAUAUCGAAGACCAGUUUAAUCAACUCAAGAUCAGAAAUCCCGAAGACAAAGAAUACGAUUAUAAACAUGAUCAUACGACAAUAUUAAAACAAUUUUGUGAAAAUGAUAAGAUUGAUGAAUUUAGGGUCAUUGUAAAACCGACAGCCACUCUCUGGAAUUUGUCAUUGCAUAUGUCAUCAUUUCAGAUAUUUGAAAUAGUUAGAAAGAUACAGCCAUCGAUGGUUUUUGAAAAUUUGUCCGAAUCCGAGGCACUGAAUAUUGAGAAAAAAGGAGAGUUUGAACUACCGUUUCUUGCAGAGCAGAGCGUAUUUAUAGAUAAUGACACCUUGGCAUUUGCUUCAUCGUCGAACGUUCUAUCAUUCCAUAAUCUUGAUGGUUCGUUACACUCAUGUGUUUCGUCUUUGGAAUUAAAAGGACAACCUUAUCUAUGGACAGGGUCAACACAAAAUGUUUUGUACGUUGGAUGUCAUUCUACAAUACAGAAAUUACAGAUAAGGAAGAAGUACAAUACUAUAAAUUUUAUUUGUAACGGAGAGGUUGACUUAAAGCAGGAGUUUGAUAUGUUUAGUGUUGACGAAACACAAAAUAGAAUUAUCAUCGCAUCUCAGAGCAAUGUGGUGAUCUUUGCCCUUUCUCCCGCUUUGUCAGUAAUUCAUACUAUCCCAAGGACAGAUAGUAACGCAAUAAUGAGUAUUUCGAAAACAUACGAACGAAUUGCAUUUGUAGAAGGAGAUGGGGUAGGUUGUUAUUCUACGGCUGGGAACGACAUAUUUCUUUAUGAGAACGCUAACAUGAAGAACCCAAAAUUCCUUGCAUUUGAUUACAAAAAUAAUAUUUAUGCUGUGUGUUCAAUGCCUCGAAUAGCGAAAUGCGAUCGUUUGCAUAUGUAUUGCAGAAAAUGUGGUCUUCAUAAUUACGCUGAAGGAAGAGAGCUAGAUACUUUAUUGAGAGAAAAUAUAAUUUGUGGAAGAUGUAACCAGGAUUUAUAUGAGCCCUGCCGAGAUGGCAGAUGUGGAAGACCAAUAAAGGAACAUUUACAAAGUGGCGGAGUUUUCUGCAUUUUCAAGGAUGGAAAUAACAGCCAGUGCCUCCUUUCAAAUUAUCCAGGUGCCCGCUAUUUGGCGUUUAAUCCUUGUUAUAACGAAUUUCUCAUUUCUGAUGGAACAAAGUGUACUAUCUAUAAACUUAGCUGAUAAUCCUUCAUGAAAAUGUGCUAAAACAAACAAUUUGCACUACAGUGUCCAUGUACAUCACGUGUUUGAUUUGUUUUUUAUUUGCUAAUUUUCCAAUCGUACAAAUUGAGUAUAAACUUAAGAUAUGAAUGCAAGGUACACAGUUGUCAUUAUCGCAACACAUUGUUAUGCGUUAAAAGAUCCGUCAUUCAAAUAUAAAGAGGUUUAUAGAUAACAUACUCGCUUGACAACAAAACAUAAUUUAUAA